AUGAGAGAUCAAGACAAACCCAGAGAGACUGAGAACACUGAUGGCAAAAACCACGGAGGCAUCAGGCUGUGGUGUACAGAGGCAGAAUGGACCGCAGAGAACAAACGAGGCUCUGUUCCCAUUGAAGUGUCAGUUACAGGCAAGGAGAGCUUCACACGCCAAGCUAUGGAGGAGCUGCCAAAAAGCCGCGGUGUAGUAGCUACACAGAAAUAUAGUGAGAAGUUGUUGCAGAGACAGACAGAUGAAAUGAAGGCGAGAACAAAACAGAUCGACAGCAUGGGACUGUGCAAGGGGGAAGAUAGCUUGUCACCUCCCGUCAAUGUGACCAUCAAAGCAGUGAAAGCCAACUCUGCUGUGGUGACAUGGGACAUCCCCGAGGGAGACCCCGUCAUCGGCUUUGCUAUCACACAGCAGAAGAAAGACGUGCGCAUGCUGCGAUUCAUCCAGGAAGUCAACACCACCACACGCUCCUGUGCAUUAUGGGACUUGGAGGAGGAGACAGACUACAUUGUGCAUGUCCAGUCCAUCAGCAUGUCUGGAUCGAGCCCGCUGAGCGAACCCCUGCGCUUCCGAACGCCGAAGGAGGCCGAGACUCAGGCCUCUAAGAGUAAAGACGAAGUGACGAUGGAGGAAGUGGGCCAGACCACCCAGCUGAGGGCAGGGGAGCUCAUCAUCAUCGUGGUGGUACUGAUCAUGUGGGCAGGUGUGAUCGCUCUCUUCUGCCGCCAGUAUGACAUAAUCAAAGACAACGAGCCAAACAACAACAAGGACAAAGCCAAAAACUCCUCAGAGUGCAGUACUCCUGAACACCCAACAGGGGGGCUGUUGCGCAGUAAGUUCCCCAAGAACAACAACAACAAUAGGAUGCCAUCUGUCAACAUCAUUGAGGUGUGA